AUGACCAACGGAGUGAAGCAGGGCUGCGUACUCAUGCCUCCCCUCCUCAGUCUCAUGUUAUCUGGCAUGUUGAUGGACGCCUACAAUGAGGAACGCCCCCGAGAUCCGUACCGCCUACAGGACGGGCGGCCACCUCCUCAACCACGGAGGAUGCACUUCCAGUCGCAUUUAUCCACAACUGCCGUUCAUGAGCUUCUCUUCGACGACGACUGCGCCCUCAACGCUACCUCGGAAGGGGACAUGCAAAGCAACAUGGAUCCCUUUGCCACCUUAUGCGACAACUUCGGCCUGGUCAUCAACACGGAGAAGACGGUCGUUAUGCAUCAACCUCCACCUGACGCUGCCUACGUCGCUCUCCAAAUCAACGCGAACGAAACCCAACUGCGAGUGGUGGACAACCUCACGUGUCUGGGCAACAUCCUCUCUUUUAGCACCAAGAUCGACGAUGAGGUGGCUCGCCGGACUUCCAAGGGCAGCCAAGUCUUUGGCCGUCUGGGGAAAACACUCUGGAAUCGUCACAGUCUCCACCUCAGCGCCAAGCUGAAAAAGUCAUCCAGCCGACGUUGCUAUAUGGAAAGCAGUCCUGGACAGUGUACAAUAAAUCUGCUGCGGAGACUCAGUCACUUCCACCUCAGCUGUCUUUGA